AUGGUGCAGUGUUGGGCACCUAGCUGUAAGCAUUACAAUGUCAGAGAGCGUUGUAAGUUUUAUAGAUUUCCAAAGGAUCCAAAAGUAAGAAGCAAAUGGAUAAAGCUAACAAGAAGAACAACAGAACCAGGUCCCGGAGCUUUUUUGUGUAGUUGUUAUUUUGUAGAUGGAAAAAAAGAAAAUGGGCCAACCAUUUUUUUACACAAUGAAGGAAAAAUGUUUCACGACCAAUAUCCCCAGAAAAAGAAAAGACCACUUCAAGAUGGGUUGGAAUUGCAAAUUGAACCACAAGCAUCUACGUCAAAAGAAACAGACGACUUCUCUCAAAGCAAUCAUGUUAUGACAGAAGCAGAAAACUAUUUCUUACGACAAAGUCUAGAAAAAGCUACAGGUAGUCUCUCUCACUUAUCAGAAACAUUCUCCUUUGAUCAUAUUAGGAGUGAUAAUAAUUUGGUCAUUUUAUAUACUGGUUUGCCUACAACAGAUGUAUUCAUGGCUCUGUAUCAUUUGUUGGAAAAAAAUGAAAUAAGAUAUUAUUUUAAAUGGAAGGUAGAAAAAAUGAGAAAAAUUGAUGAGCUGCUCAUGACUUUGAUGAAAUUGGAACAAAAUUUUCCACAUCAAGAUUUAGCAGUAAGGUUUAAUGUUUCACAAGGCACAGUCUCAAAUGUUGUAACAACAUGGGUGCAUGCCUUGCAUGAAAUUUUAUCCAAACAAUUCAUGUCUGAAAUACCAGAUAGAAGUAAAAAUCAGUUGUGCUUACCAAACUGUUUUAGUAGUUUCACAAAUUGUAGAAUUAUAAUAGAUUGUACGGAAGUUUAUACUUGUAUAAAUCGCCAAAGUAGGUCUUCCCAGAAGUUGACGUACAGCUCAUAUAAGCAUAGAAAUACAUGCAAAGGAUUAGUGCAACAUCAGACAAAAAAAAUUGUCAAAGAUUGUGGAAUCUUAAAUCAACUUAAACCUGGAGACUUGGUAUUGGCAGAUAAAGGAUUCCUAAUUAAAGAUUUAAUGCCUCCCGGAGUUCAUAUUAACAUUCCCCCAUUUCUUACAACUCCUCAAUUCACUACAGAACAAGUUCAUCAAACUGAAUGCAUUGCUCGAGCAAGGAUUCAUGUGGAGCGUGCUAUAAGGAGAAUGAAGGUGUUCAAUAUAUUAAAUUUAAUUCCACAUUCUUUGUUACCACAUGCUGAUGCUGUGUUUCAGGUAGUAGGGGCUUUAACAAACUUGCAGUAUCCUUUAAUUAAAGAAGUUGGACAACUUUAUUAUAAAGGGAUUCAAAAGAUUGAUCAUAUCGUUAGAUUUUGUAUAAAUAGUUUUUAA